AUGGAUGAACUGUUGCAUACACCGAUUGUUGCCGUCCUCGGUCCACCACCGGCAUCUGUGGACCCGAGGGACAAUCGCACUUGGAAAGAUAAUGCGAUUGUCAUUUCCAUCUCGAUUGUCGCGGUGAUCUGUGUAGCGGUCAGAUUCGUCAUGCGGUUUACUAGCCAAAAUGCAAGGCCGUUCGCAGACGAGUGGCUGGCUGCCGUGAGCUUGAUUCCCAUGCUGGCUCUACUUGCCGCAUCCUUGGUGGCCGGAAAUUACGGGCUGGGUAAGCAUGUCUGGCUUGUCGAAAUCGGUGCGAUGGUCAAGAUGAAAAAGAUUCUCUUCUCCUAUCUUCUCAUCUACAUCUUUGAACUUUUUCUUAUCAAGCUGUGCAUUCUGAGCUUCUAUCGCCGUAUAUUCGGGCGAAGAACCACCAUUUGGAUCUGCCUAUUCUUGACAAUCGGGUGGACCUUGGGAAGCAUGAUCGCACUCUUGACCAGCUGUGAUCCAAUUUCGUAUUUCUGGACUUCCACUUACGAUCUUGACGCCGGACACUUCCGAUACAGCUUCUAUGACUAUUACAUUGGAAACGCCGCUGCCAACGUUGUCAUCGAUCUCUUGAUUCUUCUCAUCCCGAUUCCGGUAUUCUGGAAUCUCCACAUGAGAAUCACGCAGAAAUUGAUGAUUACCAGUCUCUUCUUCAUUGGAGUAUUUGUGUGUGUUGCCAGUAUCGUACGACUUCAUUACCUGACGUUCCUCAAGAACACCGUCGACAUCACUUGGUACAUGAGCGACGUCUACGUCUGGUCCACAGUAGAACCCUGCCUAGGCAUCAUCUGCGCCUGCCUACCGGCCCUUCAACCCCUGGUCCAGUCAUUCAUGAAAGCCGAACAUCUCCUCUACUGGCGCAACCGAGUACGACACAGUAAACAGAUGAACCACAUCAACCAAUUCCGAUCGCGCAUCAGUAACAACAGCGGCGGCACCAGUAGCGGAAGCUUGACUCGCAGUCGCAGUCAAAUGAGCGACACCCUUGACGACAAACCCGAAUUGGGAUUUCGCUCCCACGACGAUGAACUACGCCUCACAUCGUGCGUGGCUCAAGCCGAGUCGGAUCGCUGUCGGAAGGAAAGGGAGAAUCUAGAGGAGUUUUUGGGACCGAUGUUUAUUCGGGUGGAGCAUGAAGUCGAAUGGACUGUUGAUCGGUCAUGA